CCUGCAGGAAGGAGCCUCUCGCUUCGGUUCCCGCUGCUCCUGCUGUUGCUGCUGCCGCCGCCCGCGGCCAUUCCCGCGGACCCCGGGGCGCCCUCGCUGGCCACAGUGAACCCCUGCUGCUAUUACCCGUGCCAGAACCAGGGCAUCUGUGUCCGCUUCGGUCUCGACAGCUACCGGUGUGACUGCACCCGCACUGGCUACUCCGGCCCCAACUGCACCAUCCCUGAGCUCUGGACCUGGGUCCGGAAUUCACUGCGGCCUAGCCCCUCUUUCCUGCAUUUCCUGCUGACACACGGGCGCUGGUUCUGGGAGUUCAUCAACGCCACCUUCAUCCGGGACAUGCUCAUGCGGCUGGUGCUCACAGCACGUUCCAACCUUAUCCCCAGCCCCCCCACCUACAACAUAGCCCAUGACUACAUCAGCUGGGAGUCCUUCUCCAACGUGAGCUAUUACACUCGUGUUCUGCCCUCUGUUCCCCAAGACUGCCCCACGCCCAUGGGGACCAAAGGGAAGAAGCAGUUGCCAGACGCCCAGCUUCUGGGUCAACGCUUCCUGCUCAGGAGGAAGUUCAUACCUGACCCCCAAGGCACCAACCUCAUGUUUGCUUUCUUUGCACAACACUUCACCCAUCAGUUCUUCAAGACUUCUGGCAAAAUGGGACCUGGCUUCACCAAGGCCUUGGGCCAUGGGGUGGACCUCGGCCACAUUUAUGGAGACAGUCUGGAUCGGCAGUAUCAGUUGCGGCUCUUUAAGGAUGGGAAGCUCAAGUACCAGAUGCUGAAAGGAGAGAUGUACCCGCCGUCCGUGGAAGAGGCGCCGGUGCUGAUGCACUACCCGCGGAGCGUCCCGGCCCGGAGCCAGAUGGCCGUGGGCCAGGAGGUGUUCGGGCUGCUCCCGGGGCUCAUGCUGUACGCCACGCUCUGGCUGCGAGAGCACAACCGUGUGUGUGACCUGCUGAAAGCGGAGCACCCUACCUGGGAGGACGAACAACUCUUCCAGACGGCCCGCCUCAUCCUCAUUGGGGAGACCAUCAAGAUAGUGAUCGAGGAGUACGUGCAGCAGCUCAGUGGCUACUUCCUGCAGCUGAAAUUUGACCCGGAACUGCUGUUCAGUGCCCAGUUCCAGUACCGCAACCGCAUCGCCAUGGAGUUCAACCAGCUCUACCACUGGCACCCACUCAUGCCCACCUCCUUCCAGGUGGGCCCCCAAGAGUACACCUAUGAGCAGUUCUUGUUCAACACCUCCAUGCUGGUGGACUACGGUGUCGAGCCCCUGGUGGAGGCCUUCUCUCGCCAGAGUGCUGGCCGGAUUGGUGGGGGAAGGAAUAUAGACCCCCACGUCCUGCACGUGGCUGUGGAAGUCAUCAAGGAGUCGCGAGAGCUGAGGCUGCAGCCGUUCAAUGAGUACCGCAAGCGGUUUGGCAUGAAGCCCUACACCUCCUUCCAGGAGCUCACAGGAGAGAAGGAGAUGGCAGCUGAGUUGCAGGAUCUCUAUGGAGACAUCGACGCCUUGGAGUUCUACCCGGGGCUGCUUCUUGAGAAGUGCCAUCCAAACUCCAUUUUUGGAGAGAGUAUGAUAGAAAUUGGGGCUCCCUUUUCCCUCAAGGGACUCCUAGGGAAUCCCAUCUGUUCUCCGGAGUACUGGAAGCCAAGCACAUUUGGUGGGGAGGCGGGCUUCAACAUUGUCAAGACGGCCACCCUGAAGAAGCUGGUCUGUCUCAACACCAAGACUUGUCCCUACGUUUCCUUCCGAACACCCAACCCCCACCAGGAUGAGAGGUCUGGUGUGGAGCGGCCACCCACAGAACUCUGAGGGCAGCAUUCCAGAAUGCUGACGCCAGGGUUGACAGCCUUAAAGGUUAGGUUUCUAGUCUGGAGUUGGUCAACAUUUAGAGCGUCUCUUACCCAUUAUGUGGAGUACUGUGGUCUUGUCAUUCUAGCUUGUUGGAUUCCUGGGCAACCCUCCAGAAUAUUAGGGGUCGUUCUUACUUGGCAUGUUUGAAGGCUCUUCUGUUGAACUUACAUAAAAGCCACCUUGGUGGACCACUGAGAAUGUCCUAUUUGCAAUUGAUUUUUGGAGUCAAACAGUCUAGAGUGUGGAUGAAAUAAUGUAGAAGGUCAUCAAGGGCAUUCUUAUUUGUUAUUCUGAUAUCGGGUUGGUCCUUCAGAAUGUGGACUGCAUGAUGGCAAUUCGGAAUGUUGUGGUCCUGGAUGUUGAUCCAGAACAUUGGCUGGUAUGCCAGAUCAGUCUCCAUCUGCAUGUUUAUAAUGUUGAGUCUAUUCAUAUUGCCAUUUAAGGGAAUCAAACCUCUAACAAGACUGCAGUGCCUGAAUCUGUGCCUGCACUGAGGUGAGGGGUUCUUUUUGGGGCUGCAGCUUAGACACUGGUCUGAGGAUACAGAGAAUAGGCACACUUUUUCACCUGUUCCACCAGAGCGCUGUCCCCAUCCACAUCUCAGUUCAUGGCAGCUGUUUCUCAUGAAGCUAAUGAAUUCAUUCUCCAAAUUGCCUGCUGUGUA